GCUUACCCAGGCACCGGGUUCUGCUUAUCGAUUGGUAUAGUUUGGCUGUCUGAGUCUGCGCACAUGUGUGCAUCGGCACUCGAUUACACCCAGUUCACGGAGGCGGAUAAUUACAAAAGCGAGUAGGAAACGUGGGCUCUAGGAGAUCAGUCCGGUGAAGGGAAGUGUAGCCGAACAUGGCGGCCAAUGUAACUACCAAUCCGUCUCAGCUACUUCCGCUCGAGCUGGUGGAUAAAUGUAUAGGAUCCCGUAUUCACAUUGUCAUGAAGAGCGAUAAGGAAAUUGUCGGCACGCUUCUGGGAUUUGAUGACUUUGUCAAUAUGGUCCUAGAGGAUGUCACAGAAUUUGAAAUCACACCUGAGGGAAGACGAAUUACAAAACUUGAUCAAAUCUUGCUAAAUGGAAACAAUAUAACCAUGCUUGUACCUGGAGGAGAAGGCCCUGAAGUAUGAAUGGGUUGUGAAGUUCAACAAUCCAUCACUUCCCCCAUCCUGUAUAUUACAGUGGAACUGGGUGCCCUGGCAUCACAAGAAUGUAUAUUAUGGGCACAGAAGUGAAAUAUCUUUACGGAGAUGGAGAUGAAAGAAUUUAAAAUCUAUCUAAAGACAAAACUUUUUCAUUUUGGAUAAGUAGGAAAUGGUUACAAAUACAAGUCCAUCUGUCGCAUUUCAGAGAUUUUAAGAAGUGUCUUUAAUUCACUCCUGGGCACAAGUGUCUUUAUUUGAAAGUGUCCCCUCAAUGCUUCUACCCACAUAUCUAAAAUUUGGGAUAUUUUCUCUUUUUUUUUUUUUUUUUUAGUCCCAGUUGACAAUGGUCACCUAGUGGGGACACCGACAAAGGUCUGCCAAAGGUUCUUACUCCCCUCACAACUCUAUCCAAAACUACAAAAAAGUCUUGCUUUUAGGUGCAUUUCAAUAUUUUUGCAUUUAAAUACAGUUGUAUUUGAAUUUUUUUUCUAAAUUAAGCAUCUGUCAUUUUUCAAAACAAAGCCUAAACAUGUUAAAUUAGUUUGACUUCAAAUACCUCUUUGUAUUUCAAAAAUAUAACCGCAUGAUUAGUGAAUAAACUUAUUUAGGUUCUAUGGAGCCAUUUUUAUUAACCUUUUUCUUAAGAAAAUAUUAUUUUCGGAAAAUAAACAUUCUUAGGAACAAGCUGAAUUGUCUUUGAUAAAAAAUAAAAUGGCAAAUGUACAUUA